GCUCUGAUGACGGGAGGUGUGCGAGGUGGCAGGUGAAUCACCUAGAUGUCAAUACAUAAAUCUAGAAGUACUGUCCGCCUCUCGCGCCGGUGAACCUGACUCCUACUACCUAGAACCUCUUCUUCUUGGAUGAUUUGUCCUGCCGAGGGACCCUGACUCUCGCCAUCAUCCUUCACGAUGGGGUCGUUAAAACACAUCGGCGGCCUGAUCUGGGCACUGUCGCUCAGUAUCAGCUUGGGCCACUGUCAGGAGGUCAGCGAGGACGGCGAUUCAAUAACGAUUCUGACGGGAACAAGAACGGAUGCUGUCAAAACUUCAACGCCCCCGCCUUCUCUAUACCAGACAUACUCAACGCGAGUGACACUAGCAUCAACCAGUCUACCCACCGACCUUGGCCCGCUCACGGCCAACAGCGUCGGCACCGAAUCCCCUUCCCUCACCGAAACCGUCACCUACAUCACCGGCUCCGUCUCUUCCUCCACAACCGGCGGCCCCGGGGGUAACGGAACCGCGACAUCAACCACCGUCGCCCCGGUCCCGACCAACACCCGGCCAUGCAAUAACUACCCAGAACUCUGCGCGCGCAAAUACAGCAACAUCACCCAAGUAGGCUGCCACAACAGCCCCUUCGUGCGCUCCGGCAGCGCGGCCGCCAACCAGGAGUUCUCCGUGACGGACCAGCUCAACGACGGGGUGCGCUUCCUGCAGGCGCAGAUGCAGUGGCCCGUCAACGGGACGGAGCCGCAUUUUUGCCACACGUCGUGCGACCUGCUGGACGCGGGGCCCAUCAGCGCAUGGCUGGGCACGGUGCGGGACUGGGUAGCCUCGCACCCCUACGACGUGGUGACCAUCCUGCUGGGCAACGGCAACUAUUCGACGCCGGACCUAUACGUCCCGCACAUUGAGCGGUCGGGCAUUUUGCAGUACGUCUACACGCCGAGCGUGGUGCCCAUGCAGCUCGACGACUGGCCGACACUGGGCCAGAUGAUCCUCUCGGGCCAGCGCGUCGUCAUGUUCCUCGACUACGUCGCCAACCAGACGGCGCACCCCUGGCUCAUGGACGAGUUCAGCCACAUGUGGGAAACGCCCUUUGACCCCGUCGACCAGACUUUUCCCUGCACGGUGCAGCGGCCACCGAAUUUGGGGGUGGAGGACGCGAAAAAGAGGCUGUAUUUGAUGAACCACAACCUGAAUGUCGAGGUGUCGCUGCUGGGGCAGGCCAUUUUGGUGCCUGCCGUCAGCCAGUUGAAUGAGACCAAUGCGUCCAACGGGACGGGCAGCUUGGGCAUGGCGGCGAACAAUUGCCGGACCGACUGGGACAGGCCGCCAAAUGUGUUGAAUGUGGACUAUUAUAACUAUGGGAACUUCCCGGGGAGUGUCUUUGAGGUGGCGGCGAGGAUGAACAACGUUACCUACAGCGGAAAAUGCUGCGGGCCAGAGAGCGCUGCUGUCAGAGUUGAGGCUGCCAGGAUGUUGGCGUGGGUAGGAUUGGCGUGGGCGAUGGUGUGGGUGUUGGCUUAAGGGAUCAUGCAGGUAUUGAGGAGAGGAGGAAAUGGUUUAUGUUUUCAAGACUCGGCUGGCCCUAGGUAAGGUGGAGGAGGCAUUGCAUGGCGUUUACUGGUUUGAUGGCAUAGACGGAGUUACGGUUCUGAGGUCGAUCGCAGCAGAAUACCCAAGAUGCAAAUCUGGGCUGCGGGUACUAGACUGCUUCAAUGUAUAAGAUUAAUGAGAUUCAAUCCAAC